AUAUAUAUCUCUUCACUCAAUUGUUUUAUUCCCAUAAAAACGUCAUCUUGGCUGCGGAAAGCUUUAGUUUUCAGUUUCUAUUCAUGUUCACCGGAAUGGCGCCGGCGCCGGCGGGACCGGCAACUGUGCGGGUGGAGAAGGCGGCGGUGCGGGUGGAGAAGGCAACGAGCGAUCUCUUGAUUGGCCCGGAUUGGACCAUGAACAUGGAUAUCUGCGAUUCCAUCAACUCCGAUCACUGGCAAGCAAAGGAAGUUGUUAAAGCUAUGAAGAAGCGCCUACAACAUAAGAAUCCAAGGGUUCAAUUUCUUGCUUUGACGCUAUUGGAGACAAUGAUAAAGAAUUGUGGUGAUUCUGUCCAUCAUCAAGUGGCUGAGCGCGAUAUAUUGCAAGAGAUGAUUAAAAUUGUCAGGAAAAAGACUGAUAUGCAAGUGAGAGAUAAAAUUUUGGUUUUGCUGGAUUCAUGGCAAGAAGCAUUUGGUGGACCUGGAGGAAAGUAUCCACAGUAUUUUUUGGCAUAUUCUGAAUUAAAGAGAUCCGGUGUGGUGUUUCCAAAACGCUCAGCAGACUCUGCUCUGAUAUUUACUCCCCCAGCUACACAUCCAACAGCCACUCCUAGACAAAUUCAAGCAAAUUAUGGAAUGCCCAACAAUUCUUCUAUAAGGCUUGAUGAAGCAAUGGCUUCAGAGAUGGCGAAUUUGAGUUUGGUGGACUUGGAUGGCAUACAGACUGCCAUGGAACUAUUAAGUGAAAUGUUACGAGCUGUGAACCCAAGUGAUCAUGAGGCUGUUAAAGAUGAAGUGAUAGUGGACCUUGUCAGUCAAUGUCGCUCCAACCAAAAACGGGUUUUGCAAUUGAUCAAUGCAACUGGGGAUGAGGAGCUUCUAGGACGAGCUCUGACAUUAAACGAUAGACUACAGAGUGUACUCAUAAAGCACGAAGCAAUAGCCUCUGGUUCUCCACUUCCAAUCGAAGCCUCUGCAUCUAGUCCUGGGCCAAGUGCUCCUCUUAGACCACCCUCUCCAGUUGAACUCAAUCAGAACCCCAUCGAAGAAGAAGAAGACGAGGAUGAUGAGUUCAUUCAAUUGGCUCGCAGGAAUGAGAAAUUCAAACAAGCAGCAACAGAAACCAGCAAUGGCUUGGAAACCAACGGUCAAUUGGUACCCAUCUCUACUACUGCUACCGAAGCAGAAGCCUCAUCUUCGGCAACAAGCAACGCAUUAGUCCCUCCUGAUCCUCCUGCUCCUGUGAAGACAACAAAAGAGCAAGACAUGAUCGAUCUUCUGAGUCUCACUUUGGUAACAAACCCCUCCUCGCAGCCUCAAACACCUUUAACCCCAUCCUCGACCGCUUCUGCAUCUUCCAAUGGACAUGGGUACUCUUACAACCCCCAACCAUACAUCGGAAAUCAAGCAAACAUUCCCUACAACAGCUACAUUGCUCCGUGGGCUCAACCGCUAUCGCCUCCGCCUCCACCUCCGCCUCAAAUACAAGUGGCACAACCGCUAUCGCCUCGACCUCCACUGCAGCCUCAAGUACAAGUGCCACAAUAUGAAUCUAGCUAUCCACCACCACCAUGGGCAACUUCUACCACUUAUCAAGUUCCAUGGCCGGCACCAAUCCAACAAUACCAAAGGAAUGACACACCAGCUUACAAUAGAUUUGAUCAUCAUCAGAAUGCCAAUGCCAAUGUCAAUGCCAAUGCCAACCAGAGAGCACCAAUGACAGGGACACCACCAAAACCAUAUGUUCCUCCGUACAGACUAUUUGAGGAUCUGAUUGACCUGAGAAAUCCUGAUGGGAGUGUAAAGGUCCGGAGCACACCCCCAAGUUUAUCUGGUGCAAGGAAGUGAGACCGUUGAACCAAUCUAUUUAGCUCUUAUUCAUCCAUACCUGUGAAUUCUUGUGUAUAUUUUAAAGCUGUAAAUUAAUUAUUAUAUUUGAAUUUGUGGCAUUGAGGGAUAGAACAUUGUUAGAGAUGUAGAAAUAAU